GUAAACUUGCGUCUUACCUCAUGGUGUGUUGUAUGUCACUGCACGUGAUGACCUUGACCGCAAUUGGUAUUGACCGCUACAUGGCAGUAGUGCAUCCUGUCUUAUCAAGGACACUCAGAACGAAGACGAGGACGUUACUUAUACUGGUAUCUAUAUGGUUUAUUUCCAUUACGGCAUUUUCUCCUGUCAUCCGGAUCACACGUGAGAUCGUGUCCUUUAAAACGUUUUGUAUGGAGACUCUUGAGAAGGCUCAGAUGAAAAUAUACGUCACAAUGCUGUUUAUUUUCAUGUAUGCUAUCCCAUUGUUCAUCUUAGGAUUCUGCUACAUCGAAAUCGCCAGGAAAAUGCGAACAAUCUCUACAGGAGGAUUACGGUUUAAUCAAAUGCGCAUUGCGACUCUUCAAACUAGACAAAGAAUACUGAAGGUCGUUUUUGUCGUGACCUUAACCUUUGCUAUUUGUUGGCUUCCGUUGCACGUGGCAGCCAUUAUGGACGGGUUUGGCAUGUCAAACAACCAAUUUUUGUAUUAUGUUAAAAUAUACUCGCCUUGUUUCUCAUACUCUACAACAGCAACGAAUCCUGUCAUCUACUGUUUUGUAAGUAAAACGUUUAGAAAGUUUUGCAAGGCAACUUUUAUCUGUGAAAACGUAAGUGUCAAUACGAUGAUGUUUGGUGAGGAAGGAGAGGCACUGCCAAAUCAACCAAGAAAUCGUAGACACGAACAGCGCGAGCUUCUGUCAUUGCCACCAAGGAGAGACGAUGUACCGGGAAGACAACCCUUGUUCAUCACAGUACGGCCAGCCGACCUGCUGUACACACAGACAUGAUCCCAUCACAGUACGGCCAGCCGACCUACUGUACACACAGACAUGAUCCCAUCACAGUACGGCCAGCCGACCUACUGUACACACAGACAUGAUCCCAUCACAGUACGGCCAGCCGACCUACUGUACACAGACAUGAUCCCAUCACAGUACGGCCAGCCGACCUGCUGUACACACAGACAUGAUCCCAUCACAGUACGGCCAGCCGACCUACUGUACACAGACAUGAUCCCAUCACAGUACGGCCAGCCGACCUACUGUACACAGACAUGAUCCCAUCACAGUACGGCCAGCCGACCUACUGUACACACAGACAUGAUCCCAUCACAGUACGGCCAGCCGACCUGCUGUACACAGACAUGAUCCCAUCACAGUACGGCCAGCCGACCUACUGUACACACAGAUAUGAUCCCAUCACAGUACGGCCAGCCGACCUGCUGUACACAGACAUGAUCCCAUCACAGUACGGCCAGCCGACCUGCUGUACACACAGACAUGAUCACAACAAUGUAAUACUGCUCUCACAUUCAUCGGUUUUUGAUAGAACCUCCACUGGUAAUUACUAUUGAUAUUUGAUAUAUCUAAAUUGUAAAUAAGAUUAUUUGCAGGCAAAUCCUUAAGUCAUAAAAAAUGUAAUUCCCGAAAUGAUAAAUACACGGAAGUAAUGGAGUAAAAUGUAUUCCCUGUUGUCUGGCGGUGUCAGCAUAUCACAAACAGGAAAGGGGGCACGCACCAGACUAAGUACUAAAUAUCCAUUUACUGAAUGGGCGUGUUCAAAUUAUAGCUCAUGUUGAAUAUAUGUAUUGGAAAAAUUAUUCUAUAUUCUAUUCCAGUCUUUAUUGACCUUGCUCCUGCUCUGUAAGAAUGCUGAUGAAGUGUAGUUAUAAAUGGCGAUGACGUCAAGAAAGAUGUUCAAUUAUCGCUGAUGUAAUAACUUUCUGUCACAAAUAGCAGUUUGUUAUUACAGAACACUAUAAAAUGAUAUGAAUUUAUUUUUAUACAUCAUUAAUGUUGAUUUCUUUUGUAAUAUUUAUUAUAUCAGCUGCUGUAAAAUAUCCGGGACAGCUUCCUGUCAUCGUUAAGUACGAUAUCCUUCCGAAGCAAUGUAUUAUGCAUUGUGAGAUGGGAUUUAUCAAUACUCAAACUGCCGACCAAACAAAAAGCCGACUACUCAAAUAGCAUAUCCUUAAUUCUGAUUGUGUCGAUAAAAACACAGACUUGAGAAAAAACGACGAAUACAACAAAAAAAAAUCGACAGUCUAGAAAACAGCAUUUGUUCCUUAGCAACGUGGUGCUAAAAACUCGAAGCUUACUUUGGUCACGUGACGCGAAUAAGAGAUGGUUGUCGUUAUAGGUUACAUGUAUAUACUUAUAUUUGAAAAGAAAACAGACUAAGCGGGAAAAACUCAGACAAUGUAGGUUUUAGAUUAUUAGCUGAAUAUUUGCUCAUUAAUAUGAAAAUGCCUUAUUUGUGUAUCUCCGGUCAAAAUACACGAAUACGUGUUUGUUCAGUAGGCAUUUUUAUCUUAAACGGGAUACUAAGUACUCAUCAAUUUCGGUUCGGAUUAUUUCUGUUGAUAUCGAUUAGAUUAUUUAUAUUUAUACAUCAAUAUUCCAAUAUAAUUAUUACUUUAAUA